AUGCGCGCCCCUCCACUCCCGUUGCCGCACAAGGAAAGCCUACGCUUCUCUCAAGUACUGUACGCGGGCCCUGCAGUCAGUCGCUCUCUCACUCAGUCUGGCAGUCCAUGUACCCGACUUCAAACAUUCAUUCAUCAUUCUUCACUCCCUCGCCCUGCUGCGCCGCAUGACUGCCUUGGCUCCUCUUCUCUCUGCUUCCUCUGCCUGCUGAAUUCCACUUCUCACUGGCUUACUCCGCCGACUUCCUUCGCCCCCGCCUGCAACUUCUGUCUCACCCUCUCUCCCAUGCAUCAACAUCAUCACGGACGCCCGCCUGAACGCACAUCUCUCCACACUACCACCACAACCACCACUACAAGUCGUUCCACUGCCGCUGCCAUGAGCCAGCUGCACAUGGACCACGAGCAGCAGCAGCAGCACCCUCACAACCACCACCAUCAGGAUGCCUUUGACGACCAUUCCGCUUGGGCUCAGCCGCACUAUGACCAUCACCAGCACCAGUCGCCAGUUCAGGACUUCAAUGCCUUCAGUUCCUAUGCCCCGCUCCCCAUGGAGCCCAUCUACUCGAUGCAUCCGCCUCACAAUCCCCCCAGGAACACACACCCUCAGCUGCAACCCUUGAUCAUGCCCCAAUGGCCGAGCAUGUUGACCAGCCAGUCUACCUAUGUGCCUCCCAUCUUUCCGUCUGCGCCUCUGCCCAUCACCCCAGCUUCAGCAACCCCCGUAUCAGCUACUUCUACCCACUCGGGACGAACUUCAUCCACACCACGGAAGACGCUCACGGACCAGGAUCGCAGGCGAAUGUGCCAGUAUCACGAGGACCAUCCGACCGUAAAGCAAACGGAAAUUGGAGCAAUGUUCGGCGUGGAAAGAAGUACCGUAUCCAAAGUGUUGCGUCAAAAGGAGAAGUACUUGUAUCAGGAUGACGGCAGCCGGUCACCCAUCAGAAAGUCCAAAGGCAAAUUCCCCGACAUUGAACGAGCACUCGCAAACUGGGCUAGGAAUCACGAGAGGAAGGGCUAUCCGCUUAGUGACGCUCUCAUCAAGGAGAAGGCCCGAUUUUUCGCAACCACCGUGGGCAACAACGAAAGUCACGUCAAGACGAGCAGCACCAGCUGGUUGGAAAAGUUUAAGCAAAAGAACAACUUGAUGGGCGCAAAGUCUAGAAAGAGCUCCAUCGCGGAGGAGUCCGAACCCGCAUCGAACCCGCCGUCCAACGUGCAUACGCCAGGCGCCAUCUCUCCCACUUCCCCGAGCGGGGUCGCUUCACCCGCCGUUUCAGCUAAACAAAGCAAAGAAGACCUCAAGAGAGAUAGCCCAGAUGUUCAGGACUUCGCAGACCAUCGUAAGCCUUUCCACUCUCAGAGCAACACGUCUCUGUCCAGCGUCUUCACCGAUACGGCCCCUUCGUCGUUUUCCGCCGGCCCUACCAGCCCCACUUCACUAUCUUCACCGUUCUUUACGCCAGACUCUGCGUGCGGCCCAAACCCGUUCAUGAACAGCCAGCAAGCUAGAGGUCAGCCAGGCAGUGGCAAUUUCCAGAGGCCGCGAAGCCAGACGUUCCCUUUGCUGGUCGGGGUCGAACAGUACAUGUCACCGCCCGCAUCAUCCGAAGCCCUUACGCCCAAGUACAAUGGAACUACGACCCUCGAUUCCCCCAUGGACGAAAUGCAGCCUUCGUUGGCUACCAUCGAGGAGGCCAUGCAGGUUUCUCCCACCAUGGUGACAAGUGCCAUGCAGCCACCGCCUGUCCCCGUGUCUUCGAUGCUACCAUCGAACCUAUCACUCAGCACGUCCAUGACAGAAAGCUUGUCACCAGGCUCACCCUCGCACGAUGACGCUGCUCGUGCCUUGGACCUCGUAUGGACGUUUUUCCAGCAACGCCGCGAGGACUUCUCCGUCGAGCCCCAAGAGUUCCUCGCCAUUGGUAAGCUCAUGGAGAAGAUCAAGAUCAAGCGCAGCUCCGAGAGCCUACCGUCCGGCAUGCGUCGUGCGUCCGAACCCCAAUUCGGCACGAUUGACAAGAUUGAAAGUCUGGAUAUGCUACACUAG